AAAAAUGUCUGCGCCCAUGAAAUCAUGAUUGUAAAUAAACACCCAAGAACGUUCAUUUUAAAACGGCUUUUUAGACACUAUAGACAACUGAGAUUUCUCCAAAGUUCUUCAACAGAAGAGUAUGAUCUUGUUGUUAUUGGUGGGGGUUCAGGAGGACUAGCUUGUGCUAAAGCAGCCUCCCAGCUUCAAAAGAAGGUAGCAGUGUUGGAUUUUGUGACUCCUUCUACUCAAGGGACAACAUGGGGCUUAGGAGGCACUUGUGUCAAUGUGGGGUGUAUUCCAAAGAAGUUGAUGCACCAUGCAUCUCUCCUGGGGGAAGCCAUUAAAGAUUCUAAAGCCUAUGGUUGGAGUGUUCCAGACCAAGUCCAGAAUGACUGGGCAACACUGUCCACUGCUGUGCAGAAUCAUGUGAAAUCCUUAAACUGGGGUCACAGGGUACAGCUCAGGGACAAAGGUGUAGAGUACAUAAAUGGAUUAGGGAGAUUUGUAGACACACAGACAGUUCAAGUUACAGACAACAGAGGAACAGAGAAACUUUUGAAGACCAAGAAUACUGUGAUAGCAGUAGGAGUCCGACCUUAUUUCCCAUCUCAGAUACCCGGUGCUUUGGAGUAUGCCAUAUCAAGUGAUGACCUAUUUUGGUUGAAGAAAUCUCCAGGAAAGAUAUUGAUUGUAGGUGCUAGCUAUAUUGCUUUAGAGUGUGGUGGUUUUCUAAUUGGUUUAGGGCUAGACACCACAGUAAUGAUUCGAUCCAGACCUCUAAGGCAGUUUGAUCAGCAAAUGGCCAGUCUUGUCACUGAUUACAUGGAGUCAAAAGGCACAAGAUUCCUGAAGACCUGUGUUCCAGUCAGCAUAGAGAAGACGACUGGAGGUCAACUGGUUGUGAAAUAUGAAAAUCUAACAGACAGACAGAUUAAAGAGGAAGUCUUUGAUACAGUCAUGUUUGCCACAGGACGACAUGCUAUGGUGAGAAAUCUUAAUUUAGAAGGAAUAGGAGUAAAGAUUGACCAAGAGACACAGAAGGUUAUUGGGGACCAUGGAGAGGACCAUGAGAGGACCAGUGUGCCAAAUAUUUAUGCUAUAGGUGAUAUCUUACAUAAAAGGCCAGAACUGACACCAGUAGCCAUAAAGGCUGGACAGUUGUUGGCAGAGAGGCUGUUUGGGGGUAGUCAAGUACAGAUGAAUUAUGAUUUGGUGCCGACCACAGUGUUUACCCCCCUAGAGUAUGGGGUUGUGGGUAUCUCUGAGGAAGAGGCCAUUUCACGACACGGGGACGAGAACAUAGAGGUUUUUCAUGCAUUUUAUACACCUCUGGAGUUCGUAGUUCCUCAAAGAAAUUCGUCACAGUGCUACAUCAAGGCAGUUUGUUUUGGUGACAGUGUGUUAGGACUACAUCUGAUUGGUCCGAAUGCCGGUGAAGUUAUUCAGGGAUUCGCAGUGGCUUUAAGAUGCGGGGCAACCUGGCAAAAUAUAUCUGGAAGCGUAGGAAUACAUCCUACAUCAGCAGAGGAAAUCGUCAAACUUCACAUCACUAAGAGAUCUGGACUUGACCCCACAGUCACAGGCUGCUGAGGUUAAUCCUCCUCGCGCAUGCUAGACUAGCUUACCUCUUGUUCUGAGAAUGAAUUCGCUUUUUAUUACAUAUCAGGUUUUAUGUUUGCUGACAAUUAUUUAUAUUAUUUAGUAUUAUGUAUUAUAUUAAAUUGUACGUAUUAUUUAUGAUAUUUAAUUAAUGUUAUGAUUAUACCUUAAGAUGCUGUGAGUUCCAUAUUUCUUAAUACUUUAUUUUGAAUAUUAACUUCAUCCUAGCUUGUCUAUUGGACAAUAAGUGCAGUUUUUGUAAGUAAAAAAUGUUAUGAAUGUGACAUAAUCAAUCAAAGUAAAAAUGUCAAGGGAAUUGUUUUUGAUUGCCAGUAAUGUUUUAGUGGAUAAUUAGUAAGCUAGUCGGCUGUGGAACGAGGACGGAUUUUCUUGGACUGUGUCAUUCACCUGGAAUGAAAAUCCAAAUCUAAUCUUGUCAAAGAGAUUCGGAUCUGAUGUAACAGGUGUCACGUGAUUACGACCUGACUUAGUUCACCAUGUUUUUAUUGUUUAUCAUGUGCUAUGUAGAAUUCCACUGUCACAUUGCAUUUCUGUAAUGUCAUUAAACCACGUUGCUGAUUGUAAA